AUGAUCGAGAACGAUCUGGACGCCCGAUUAAGCACCGACCUUCUUCAAAACAAAGUGAAAAAAAAACCCAGACAGAAGAGAUGGUCUACAAACCCAGACAGAAGAGAAAGUGAGAGAGAAAAGAAGAGAGCAGAAGAAACAGGGCGGAAGAAAGUGAAAGAGAAAAGAGAGCAAACGCCCGAUUCAGAUCCAAGCAGCCAAACUCAGAGCAAAAAUUUUGUAUGUUUGUUCCCGGCAAAUUUCGUUUUUUACUCCAGUGGUAGCAGGUUGUUCUGUGGUUCGUUUUCCAGUCCAGUACCCCUCAGUUUAAGGGAAUUGGUGAACUAAAGAAGUUAGCUGAAUUGGGCAAGAGUUUAAGGGAAGAAAAUUUUGGAUAUCCUUGGUUGUUCUCACCUGCCUUUACUCAUUUGG